AUGACUAGUUCACGCUAUCCUUUGCCGAAAGACACGAACGCGGGGGGGUGGGGUGCCGUUGCACAACCGUUUUACAUUCUCUCCAUCGUCGUCGGCGGGUUAAUUCUUGGGUCUGUGACCGCGCUAUCUCUACGGGGAUGCUUUAGAAGGAGGGAAUAUAGGAGGCGAUUCAUUCGGGCCGUUGACAGUGGCCACGCGCGGGUUACGUUUACGGUCGACCAAGGGACAGAGGAGCAGCGACGAUCUGGCAAGAAGGUUCAUCCUAAUCAGAAACCCGUCAUGGAGGAAAAGAUGCUGGACAUCCGAGGGAGUCCCACGAAACGCAAUGGUUUGAGCUUGCCACAGACAUUGGCAAGUAGCACGCAUUCGUUCGAGGAUCUAAUACUGACAUCUUUACAGCCAUUAUCUUUGACAUUACUCCCAAGUUCGUUGAUCCCUCCAGACGGAUAUUUGUUACACCUAUUGCGGACGCCAUCAUUUUUCACGUCGAAUGUGCGCUCGCGCGUCCAGAUUGCUCGAUACCUUCGCUCCAACAACCGCAAUCCUCUUGGAGCACCUGAACUGCCCGAAGGGCAACGAGGGCACCCGAGCUCUCUUCCCGUACAAGUGGCCUAUGUGAUCGCCAUGCCGUCGGAAACUAGGAGAGAGAAACGUGUCCGUGGCACAGUGCAUGACUCGGCUCCUCCCGUUGCGGGCCAGGAACUGUGCGUUGGUGCAUUAUCAGUACUCUGGAGACUCUCCGAUGUCUCCAAAGAUGAGUGGGAACUUUUGGAGGUGUCGAAGGUGAACCAAGAGGCUAUGGAAGAGGAGUAUGACGAUAUGGCAUCUACUAUUCGCACGCGACGUACUCGACUGGAAGAUUUAGGUCCAGCACCGUCGAUGAUAUCCUCUCAACGACCAUACGACAACGAAAUAGGUGACUACGAGUCGUCUUAUCUUCCACGCUCCUAUCUCCCUUCAGAGGCUUCUGUCUACGAGGAGUCAUAUCAGCCAUCCUUGCAGGUUACAGACCCCCUGGGCUCAAUACAGGGCCACAACGAGCCGUCUAUCGAUAUAUCGAUAUCACAUUCCUAUGUGUCCUCGCAGGAUCGAGCUUACCUCGCGCCACCACCGCCUCGUUCGCUCCACAGCUCGAACCGGUCGAUUCGCUUUGAAGACGAGUCAUAUAGAGCACCGAGUGAACAUUCGGCGCAGAUAACGAUGGAUUCACGAGUUUUGACGCAUCUCCCGGACAUACGCGUUACAGUUGACCCACCUCCAUCAGAUUCUCUGUCACCAACGACGACGAGUACUGAGGUUGGAGAAGUGGAUUAUGAUGCGGAUGAGGAACGAAAUAAGACGAUUCGACGUAGAGCUACGUGA